CUACACGUGUCCUCCUUUUUAUGAUCCAAUUUCCGUCGCCGCCGGAGCACAUUAGGGUUCAUGAUCGUCUUUAAAUAUGAUUGCCAAUUCUCCACUCCACUUCAUACUCUGCAUCUCCACAAACUAGCUAUGAAAUCAGUUCUCCUUCGAACUGGAUCCGUUCCAAUCUUCCACCAUCACCAUUCUCCCUCUCCCGUCUCUCCUAGAGUAUCUCUCUCCCUUCAAUCGACAGAGAUCAAUCGCAGGUCAAUUAUCCGAUCUUCAUCGGAUUCAGACAUGAUCCGAUCACAAAUCAAUGGAUUACCGAGGCCGGCAAGUCUAGGAUCAAUGUUCGUUCCCGCCGGAAUACCGGAAGAUGAAACGAAUUCAUUCGAAGAUGAAGUUAGUAUAUCUGUCAUCGGAUCGUUGUCGACUUUAGAUAAACUAUGUUUAAAUCGGUCGAUGAGUGAAAAUCCAGUGGAGGAAGUGAGUUUCGGCGGUGGUGGAGGCGAUGACGAGUGGCGAUUUACUGGUACAUUUACGGGAGGAAAUUCAGAUCGAAGUAAGAUUGGUGAAUAUUAUCAGGAAAUGUUGAAAACAGAUCCGAUGAAUCCGUUAUUGCUUAGAAACUAUGGAAAGUUUCUUCAUGAGGUUGAAGGAAAUAUGAAGAAAGCGGGGGAGUAUUAUGAAAGAGCUAUAGUAGCGAAUCCAGGGGAUGGAGAAGUUUUAUCAAUGUAUGCUAAAUUGAUAUGGCAAUUUGAGAGAGAUGAAGAUAGAAGUAAAUUGUAUUUUGAUCAAGCUGUUCUUGCUUCUCCUGAUGAUUGUAUGGUGUUGGGAUCUUAUGCACACUUUAUGUGGGAAGCUGAUGAAGAAGAUGAUGAUGAAGAAAUUGAAAUGGGUGAAGGUAGUAAGAAUUCAAUGGUUGUUGUUAAAGCAUUUUAGUUUAGUUUAAACUUGAAGAAGAAAGCUUCUUUGAUGUAUUUUGUAUGUGUUGAUAAUUGUAAUUACCAUUUCUAACUGGAUCAGAUUUUAUUCUCAUCAAAAUGUUUGAUUUUUCAA